UGUAAAAUUCAUUUCUAAGACAAGUGUUGCUCAGUAAUGAUAUUGUGUCUAGUUGAAUACUGAAAAUAGUUCGUCUUGUUCGACGGUUUUUGUUUAAAAAAAAAAAUAUUUGUUCAAUUGUGAAACGUGAAUUAGUAUCGUCAAAAAUGCUUAGAAACAUUUUUUUUGUGAUCGUUGUGUCUGUCGCAGUGAUAAGUGCGGACGAAAAAACGUCGAAAUAUACCCAAGUUAUACAGCCGGCAUCACGUCAAUUACCGGCUACACAUGAUGGAUAUCAAUCGGAUGCAGUGUAUGCCCAGCAAAGUGCACCGUAUCCAAUGGCAUAUCAACCAGCUGAAGGAAUUUAUCCACCAGCUAACGAAGACGUUGGUGCAGAUACUCAGGCUCAUCAAGCAGAGCAGCCAUUGGAAAAUCCAAAUUACGAUUCCGGUGUCUAUCCCAACUACGGGCCACAAGACAAUGUACAACAAUAUGUGAGUUCAUAUGGUGGUCCGUAUGCACCAGGCGUCAAUGCCGUUGGCUAUCCAAUCUAUGGCGGAGGUUAUGGCCCGAGUGGAUUCGGCGUACAAACUGGUUUCGAAGGAUAUUAUGUGCCAUCGGGUGUACCAAUUCCACCACCACCACCACCGCCAGGUCCAGCAAUCUGGGACCUUUUCCGAAACAAUCUACCCUAUCCGCGCACCAUGUUGUCCAUGCUGAUGCGAUCGGGAACAUAUCUAUUGAGUUCGAUCGGUGUCGUAUUGUUUGGCGGUGCGGUCACAACAGCCAUUUGCACAUUCACACCACUGUGCACGAUUUCGUUUGCUGCACUUCCGUUGCUCGGUCUGAGAGAAACGUUGAACUCGAAAACGAUUAAGGAGUCGAUAGCCAGCGAAAUAACAUCGGAUCGUGUCCGACGAGCAGCAGAAUUUCUUCGAACCGCUUUGGAAAAAUACAAUCAAAUUCAAGAGGAUACCAGUAAAGAGGCAAAGAGUGAGGCGGCUGGAACCAGUGCGGUUGCCAAAAAAGUUAGCGCCACUAGUGCGACACGUCGAUAAGUAAUUAAUUUCUUCUUUUUUUUAAAUAAUCCGCUCAGUUCAGAAAUCUUUUGUUUUAUUUUGAACCAAAACCAUUGAACUCUGAGGCCAUUUUAUUCUUAUUCCUAAAAUCAAUGUGAUGAAUUUCGGAUAAUAUUGUUGCCGACAACUUAGUUUAUUGGUUUUGGUUUGACUGCUUAGAUUUUUGCUUUUAAAAUGUAAAAUAUUUUGCUAACAAAUUUUAGUAAUUUCAAAAUGGAAAACGAAUAAAUUUUAUCAAAUCCAACACAUCUGUGUAAUUGUUAACGAGCACUCAGUUAAACGCAAAAAGAACACAAGAAUUUUAAUAAUACCAAAAAACCGAAGAGUGACGCGGACUUAUGAUUUAUAGUGAAGUGAGUAUACCGCACACAAGCGAAGAAUGAGAUUCACAUUAAUUAUUUUCCAACCGAUCAGUGCAUUGCUAUAAAUGUAUAUGUGCAAAACCAACCAACGUACAAUGUAAUCUAUUAACCACCGACGAAUUAACCUUUUUCUGUCGCGCCGAAGGUACAAUGUUCUCAUCAAUUGUGCAAUAUUGUAGAAAUCUACGCUGUUUUACCGUAUCAUAAUGAAUCUUUCUCUGCGUUUACUUAUUGGUUAUUGAUAUAACUUGCGUAUGUUAAAUGAGAAUUUAAUUGCGCAUAAUUUCCGUUAAAAUAAACUUUCUCUGUGGAAAAAUUG